UGGGCAUCUCCGAUCAUGGACGAACCGAGCUCUGAUGUGCUUGCAUUCCUGCGCCAGCAUCCCAGCUUGAGACUGCUGCCGGACACAAACAAGGUUCGCUGCUCCCUAACUGGCCAUGAGCUGCCCUGUCGCCUGUCGGAACUCCAGGUCUACACCCGCGGCAAGAAGUACCAGCGGCUGUCAAGUGCCUUCUCUAACUUCGAUUACACAGCAUUUGAGCCACACAUUGUGCCCAGCACAAAGAAUCGGCACCAACUGUUCUGCAAACUCACCCUGAGGCACAUCAACAAGUCCCCAGAACAUGUGCUGAGGCACACCCAGGGCCGGAGGUAUCAAAGAGCUCUUCAUCAAUAUGAAGAAUGUCAGAAACAAGGUGUGGAGUAUGUUCCUGCCUGCCUUCUACACAAGAGGAAGAGGAGGGAGGACCCGAUGAAUGGUGACGAACUCCCAGGCCAGAGAACAGGUUUCUGGGAGCCAACUUCCAGUGACGAGGGAGGCGCCUUAAGUGACGACAGCAUGACAGACCUAUAUCCACCUGAGCUGUUCACUAAGAGGGAACUGGGCAAACCUGAGAAUAGUGACACUCCUGAAGACUUCCUGACAGACCAACUGGAUGAGGAGCCAAAGAAUUCAGAAGAGAACAACAAAGAGAGAGGAGAGGCCAACGUGGGCCACAGGAGGGGCCGUAAGCUGAGGAAGAAGCAGCUCACCUCCGUGACCAAGAAGUUCAAGAGCCAUCAUCACAAGCCCAAGAACUUCAGUUCCUUUAAGCAGCUGGGGAGAUGAAACCUGCAAAAAAAGCCUUUGGGUGUCCUUGGAACUGGCCAUCGAUGUCCUGACAUUGACUGUUGUCCGGAGUAGGCCUGGAGGUUCUGUUCAGAAGGUGGCAGCAGCAGGGACUUAAGAUUCCUCCCCACGCAUGGCUCUCUCUGUAGCGUUCAGUGACCCUGGUGUACGGAGCUCACUGUAGCACCCUGAAGCCUAGCCUGCUCCCAACCCUAGCUGGUCACCACAUAGGAUCACAGUACAUACCACAAAUGCCAUUAUUUAUUUUGAUGUUUCCAAAGAUCAAAACAUUUUCAAACACAACUAAGAUAUAAAAUACAGCAUAAAAAUGAGGUUUAUACCUAUUCCCACAUAAAGCUAAAGCAUUUUCAGAAAACUUUUGCCAAACCAGUAUGUAUUAUCAUUUUUCUCCCACCCCACGUGUAGCCCACAGGAGGCUGGUAAAUGGGCCGGGUACCCUUGGCAUGAGGGCUCCCACCCGAGGCAGAGCCCACGGGAGGCUGACCAAAGGGCUGGGUCCCCAUGGGAUGGGGGCUCCCACCCGAGGCAGAGCCCACGGGAGGCUGAUCAAAGGGCUGGGUCCCCUUGGGCUGGAGGCUCCUGCUGCACGGCAUGCAUUUGCCUCCCAGGGUAAUGUGGGUGUGCCCCACUGCAGGUGGCUGUGCACUGAGGCAGCUCUGUGGUAAAGAAAUAGCAUGGCCUGGGCCACUGCUGGGACUCACUUGGGAGGAACAGGCAGGCCAUAAGGCUGCAGUGGAACGUGGACUAGGUGUUGAGAAGGUGGAUUCAGACUGCAGAGCCAGUGAGGCAAGGAACUGACCCAAGGUGACUCAGAACAAAGUCCUGCCCACCCAGCUCUGCCCCCACGGGUGAAGUAAGCUGUCAGCUUCCCUCCAGGGGUUCUAAGCCUGUCUGUUCCCUCCAACAGAGCUGGGAGAGAGCCAGGAGGAACCCAAGUACCCUUACGGCACUACCAUGCAGAUGAGCAAGACCAGAGCAUUAGACGCCCCACCCUCCCCAAAGAGACACGGUGUAAGGCAAUGUUAGAAAACUUUAAAUACAGCACUGACAUCAAAUUGGUAAGGCAUCACAAAUUGUAAAAAGUAUCUUGGCUGCAUCCAGCAGAGCAAGUUGACAAAAAUCUGAGCAAGCAACAGCCUCAGGGAAAUGGUGGCAUCAGGGCUGUCGAAGGGGUAAGCUCAGCCUGGAACAGGGAGUUAAGCUAGGGGGUUGGGGGAGCACAACCUGUGGAGUUCAGGCCUUGCUCUGAGAAGGUCAAGUGUGAGGUAACUGGGUUGAGCCUGGGUGUUGAGUACUGGGACUCCUCCCUUCUGGGCCCCAUGGCAUCGCUGUUCCCCAGGCUGGUUCCAUGGUGGUUGUGGGCCAUCCCGUGAGCAGCCUGCUCUCCUGCCCUUUCCACCACCAAGCUUGACGGAUAGCAGCUUUCUAAGAACUUCUGCCGCUUACCCCAUCCCAUUCCUGCUUGGAGCCAUGAAAACUCCCAGGGUACCUUUCACCCAGUAAACAGCAUCUAGCUAGCUAACAUCAAGGACUUGGGCCAGCAGUAGCACCCACCUUUCCAAUACUGUACUGUUCUCUUGACUUGGUUUCUCUAACAUCUUCACUGAUCCUAUAAAUAUAGGGGCAGAAGCAACGCUGGAGCCACUGGUAGAAUUCUGAACUGGAGGCUUAACCAUUUGGUGUUUGGCUGGACCAUCCUAAGUCAUUUAGUAGUUUGAGCUAAGGAUGUAAACUCAUAACUAAGAAGGGAAACUGCUUUGAAUGAUAAAAAUACAGCUCAGUACGACUUGAAGUCCCCCCAAAGGAACUCAGAGACAGGAGGAAUGAGGCCACAGCCAACCACACUGUCUUCUCUAAGCCUUGGCUAAGGAGUGACCAUCCAGCUGGCCAGCCCUGGACAGUCAGACUCCAGACUAUUCCCAAAGAUUUUACCUCCAAUUUUCAGGUGUCUGCAAAUAAAGUUCUCAAAACA